AUGUUCACUUGUGAACACAUCAUCAACUACCUUCACGCACGCAUAAUACGGGAGCUUGACAAAAAUGACAUCACUACGGGACUUUCUACUGCAGAUAAAGAGAAAGGAGGAACAGAUUUGAUAUUUGAAAUCAGGAAGUGUCUUAAACACAUGCCCCGCAUGAUCCAACUCACACAUGGUCACAACAAUGGAGAGUUACGUGUGUCUUGGGAAGAUAGCGAAGCUGAAGAUACAGCUUCAAAUGAUGAAACUGCAGAUAUAGCAAACUGCGGAUGCCCUCAAAAGAUAGUGUCUUCCACAUCAAGUGAUAACGAGAUAACCUUCGCAGGACUCGUUUCGACAGAAUCAUACUUUCCGAAGAUCUCAAGAGCAAAAGUCCCGAUAGCAUUUUUCGGCUUUCCUCCCUCGCCCAUAAAACCAACUUCCAACAAACCACAACUAUGUUUACUACCAGCUUCUGACGCUGAUUCAAAUGAAGAUUUGCCAGUUCAAGAAAACAGAUUGGAUAAAGCAUUAAAUAUCAUUCUCCAAAGAUCUUUGCGUGAUAGAAUGUCCUAUGACACCACUUCUAUCGAAGCUCAACUCGAGAAGUCCGAGUCAUGUCGCAGAAUUCUGAGACAAGAUGUAGAAAAAGCAUCAUCAAAGAUCAAAGAGCUCAAAUCUAAUUCUAACACCCUGAGAAUUGAAAAGGAAAGUCUAUCAAAGCAACUCACGAAUGCCCUGUUAGAAAAAGCAAGGCUCACACAAUCGCUUCAACAACUCAAAACUCAGAGGAUGUCCAAUUCCGCCAAACCACAAGCCAACACAGAUGCCUUUAGCGUUAGGAUUGCAGAUUUAAAUGUUAAGAAUGCGGAUUUAGAAGAAGAUCUCAGAAAGACCAGAAAAAGUCACGCCGCUCAGGCGGUCCAACUCGAGACAUUUAAGAAAGAACGAGAUGUCAUGAAGUCUGAAAAUGCAACCCUUCAAGAAAAGCUCUCGGAUUCUCAAAUGAAGAACUCUACAAUCAAGAGCUCUGCAAUCGUUGAUCUUAAAGAAGCACACGCGAGAAUUGGUGCUCUUGAAAAGAGAGAUGUCAAGAUGAAAAUAGACAUUCGACAACUGAAAACCGACCAAGAAAUACUGGAAAAGCGGAUCUCCCAGGCCAACAGCCAGAUUAAGAGAGCAAACAUGGGGAGAGACAAAGCGAUGAUUGAGAAAAAUACUGCGAUUGCCGAGAGAGAUGAAGCAAUUAUGCAGAAGAACAAAUCCCUCAGGAAACAACGAAAAUUCAAGUCUCUCAUGCAGAGUGAAUUGGAAAGAGACGAAAGUUCGGAUGAAGGUUCGAGAUAUGUGUCUGGAAUAAAGAGAGAUAGAAGUCUGGAUCCUUCGGAGCGAGAUGUUGUGAAUGAUGGUGUGGGUAAUGGUAACGGGAGUAGGUCUGUGAAGAAAGUCAAAAGGGAGACUCCGAAGAUUAUUGUGCUUGAAUGA